UCUAUUUUUGUGCCCAUUCCAAGGUUUCUUGUCCAGUUCUAGACUUCUAUUUCUCUCUUUGAGAUCUUCGUUAUGGCUAACCAACCCGCUCGUCCAUGGUUCCGUUUAGCUUCCAUGUCCCGCCCAGCCGCCCCAGCCCCAGCCGCAGCCCCAGCCCCGCCUCCAGCCCCAGUCCCAGAGGUGCCACGCCCACCUGUAGUUCGGCCUACCUUUAGGCCAUUGGCGCCUUCUCAGCCAAUUCAAACUCAAGAGCCCACACCACCACCCGCAGCUUCUCCGCCGCCAGCACCGGCUCCUGCCACUUUUGCAUCGCCACCUCCUGUUGCCACUAGGCCCACUACCGCCUCAGUUCCAUCCUCUCCAACUCCGAGGGCUUCCGCUCCUUCGUCAUCAGUGCCGACAAGUCCAGCCCAAAAAGCGACAAUAUUACCGCCUUCUACAGUGCCUCUGGUCACAUCCACAUAUUCAGUGCCAUCAUCACCUAAACCCACCACUGUUGCAGCUCCUUCCUCUUCAGUGCCGCCUUCUCCACCAACCCCUAAAGCAGUGCCGCCAUCCUCCCCUUCGGUUCAAACUUCUCCGAUUGCACAGACUUUCCCCACUACCAGAGCUGCCAUCACCGCCACUGCUCGCGCGCCCAGCCCUAAGAUCGUUAAGCCUGCCGCUGAAAGCCCACCCAAAACCUUUAAGCCUACUACCGCUCCCCCACCCUCUCCUCUAAACCUGCCACCUUCCCAAUUUAAGUUGACCGAGACGGAGCCCGAGCAAAAGAUCCCAAUGGAGGCCGAGCAGAAGACUGUGCUGGUGCAAAAGACCAUUGAAAGGCCUAAGCCGUGGAUCGGUACUGGGUAUGGCGACUCACAGAGGGAACUUGGUGAGACUUACAACAAGCCUAGCAUUAUCCGUAAUGGACAGCAAGGUGUGGAAACCAAUAAGGAGAAGGAGAAAGGCAGCCACAAAAAGGUUUCGGAUUCUGAGGAGAUGGGUAUGAGGGUCAUAACAAUUGCUGGCGAAAACAAAGGUGCUUCCAUGGAACUAAUCCAUUCCCCAAACAAACAUGACCCUCAUUAUCUUCAUAAGAAGGGCAAUCCUAAAAAUGGAACCCGUGGAAAUGAUCAGUCGGAAAGUUAUUCCAGUAGUGAUAAGGAGGGGAAUCCAAAGAAGGACAAGAGUGCUCAAAAAGGCAAAGCAACAAAUUCAGUGCCCAUGAAUGCCUUCAUGAACAGCAAUGUCCAGAGCAUUAACAACUCCAUCCUCUAUAAUUCUUCAUUGACUCACCAUGACCCUGGAGUGCACCUCGCUCUCUCCAGGAAGCCCUCUGGCGAGUUCCAGGUCAAGGAUCGCGUUGAUGGCAGCCAGAAUUAGGGAGAGACGUCGAAGGUUUUUCUUUUUAAUUACUUUCGUUUUUCAAGUUAGGCUACUAUAUGUAAGACAAAAAUAAAGGUGGAGUGAUUAUAUAAAGCGCUUAUAAGCGGGGCUUGGAUUCUGAUUCUUCAUGGUUGGGUUCCACUUCCAGUGGAGUGUAGCUGAAGAUCGUCCAUUGCCUAUAUAUGUUUCGUAAAUUGUAAUAAAAGGAGCGGUUUGCUAA